GAUGUGGAGUAAAUAUUCAAUGUUACGUACCACAUUACUUAUAAACGACAACGUUGACAUUAAGUAUGCAAAAGUCAUAGCUUUGCUUAUACGUCAAGGAAAUGGGUAUAAACCAAAGAAAGCUAAAAUUUUCUGUAGGAAUGACCUAAACAGAUUACUUUCGGAGGCGCCCGAUGACUAUUACUUGCAAAUGAAGGUUGCUUUAAUUAUUGGACUUGCCGGAGCUUGCCGUUGCGAUGAGCUAAUUAAAUUGACAUUGCAUGAUAUUCAGGAUAAUGGAGACAUAUUAGUUGUGAAAAUACCCGAUAGCAAAACAAAAAUGCAAAUAACAUUUGUAAUCACUAACGAAACCAUUAAUGGAACAAGUGUACAUGGAAUUUAUAGAAAAUAUGUUUCAUUACGCUCUGCUAAAACUGAACAUACAAGAUUUUUUGUUAAUUACAUAAAAGGGAAGUGCACCAUCCAAGUCAUAGGGAAAAAUACAAUUGCCAAAAUACCAUAUAAAAUUGCAAAGUACCUCGAGCUACCAGAUGCAGAAGGUUACACUGGGCAUAGUUUUCGGCGCACCUCCGCGUCUUUGUUGGUUGAUGCUGGAGGAGAUUUAUUGAGAGACACGGAGGAUGGCGCUCUACCAACGUAGCCGAGGGCUAUUUAGGAGAAUCAAUCGUAAAAAAAAGUAAAGUUUCUAACCAAAUUACAUGCGGAAUGCUCUCCUCAAAAGUUUCUGGAGAACAUCAAAUGAACUCUACAAACAUUGACAAGUACAGGUUUCAACGUUAAUCAAUCUUCCUCACCUUU